AUGCCAAAGUUUGCCCCUUUAAAGAAUGAUUUGAUUUUAAGAGCAGCCAAGGGCGAAGAAGUCGAAAGGCCGCCUGUUUGGAUCAUGCGUCAAGCUGGUAGAUACUUACCCGAGUACCACGAAGUGAAAGGAGAGAAGGACUUUUUCCAAGCUUGCCAAGACGCCGAGACCGCCUCUGCAAUCACAAUUCAGCCCGUUGACCACUUUGAUGGACUUAUUGAUGCAGCUAUUAUCUUCAGUGAUAUAUUGGUAAUUCCCCAGGCCAUGGGAUUCGAAAUAAAUAUGGUUGAAGGGAAAGGUCCGGUUUUUGCAGAGCCUUUGAGACAUCCAGAAGAUUUGUCCAAAAUUGACCUUAAUCCGGACGUGAAACUGAAACUAGACUGGGCAUACAAAGCUAUUACCUUGACAAGGGUCAAGUUGAAUGGAAGAGUGCCACUUUUAGGUUUUGUCGGGGCCCCUUGGACAUUGUUGGUGUACAUGACCGAAGGACAAGGGUCAAAGAUGUUCAGGUUCGCCAAGCAGUGGAUCUAUGAGUUCCCUGAGGCUUCACACAGGUUAUUACAGGCAACUUGCGAUGCUUGCAUUGAAUUUUUGGCCCAGCAAGUUGUCGCAGGAGCUCAAAUGUUGCAAAUAUUUGAAUCGUGGGCGGGGGAAUUGGGACCUGAUGACUUUAAUACAUUUUGCUUGCCAUAUUUAAGAGAAAUUGCAGCCAAAUUACCUCUAAGAUUGAAGGAGUUGGGAGUAGAGGAAAAAAUACCGUUGACUGUAUUUGCAAAAGGUGCUUGGUAUGCGUUGGACGAUUUAUGUGACUCCGGGUACGACUGUGUUUCUCUCGAUUGGCUAUUUGACCCAACAGCAGCUCGAAAAAUAGUAGGAGACAGAAGGAUAACCUUGCAAGGUAACUUGGAUCCAGGGGUCAUGUAUGGCACCGAUGAAUUAAUUGAAGAAAAGGUCAAACAAAUGAUUGAAAAGUUCGGGGUUAAGAACUACAUCAUAAACUUUGGACAUGGAACUCACCCGUUCAUGAAGCCUGAAAAGAUUGGCCAUUUUUUGAAACAGUGUCAUAAAUAUGGAUCUAAGUAG